CGAUCUUGGAAAACAGCUUUGUUUUUUGUUUCAAUGUACUUUUAUCAUUUCAAUACUGUGGCAGAGGCAUCCCCGGCUAGGAAUCCGGUGGCGAUGCUGAUGCAAUGCUCGAUCGCCUAGCAGCACUAGCGCGACCAGCAGCUAGCGUUUUUUCUUUAGUUUUUUGUUUCGUUCCGACGGCACAACUUGCUGCUGAUCCACCAGAAAAACAACGCCUUUUCGGUCUCGGGGGCGAAAAGUAUGACAGUUUGGCCGUACAUUACGCCAAGUUGCACUCCUGUUCCGAUGUUGAUUACUGGUCCCCGGUCCCCCAUUUCUUCCCUUCCCCUGCCAACGUUUUUGAGAGGAUAAGACCUGCUUCGUUUCGCUCACUUGUGUUCGUCGUGGUUUGCGUUGUGCGCGCGUGCAGAGGCGGCCGGGGAGCGUAGGUAGUGGUGGUGGUGGCCCUUGCUGGGUGGAGGCUUCGAUUCGGGCGGUGGAUUGUGGCCUGACGAAUCCCGGAAAGGCCGCCGGAAAGGGAGAAGAAAGGUAAGCUAAGCAGGCCGCCGUAGAGCCAUGGGGUGCGGGGCGUCGAGCCAGAAGGACGCCGUCGGCGGGCCCCGGAGACGGCCGGGGAGCGUCGGCGACGUGGUCGUGUUCCUCCCGGGGCUCCGGGUGCCGAGGAGCAUCGACCUCGCCCAGGCGCUCGGCGGGCGCCUGGACAGCAGCAUCGUGGAGCGGCUGUCGGCUCUGAGAGCGCGCGUCGUCGAGAUGGCAAGGCAAGAGUCGGCGGCGGCGCUGAAGCCGAGGCGGAAGACGGCGGCGGCACGGCACGGGUCUAGUACAGCCAGUCUCCUACAGGCCCUCGAAGACUACUUGCCAGUUCUUCUAGGAUUGGUAAAAGAAGGUAGUACGUUGAGGCACACAGUGCAAUUCACCUGGACUAACCAAGAGGAUAAUGCCGCCGAGGAGACGACCAUGGCAGAUGCCUGGUACGAGGUGCUGUCCGUGCUGCAUUUGAUGGCCAUGGUCUGCUUGCUUCAGGCCAACACCCUGCUUCUCCCCAGGUCAUACGGCGAUGGCUAUGCACCAAGAGUUUCCGAAGAGAGCAGACGGGCCACUGUCGAUGUUUUCUUGAAGGCAGCGGGAUACUUAGACUGCGCAAUUCGGCAUGUAAUUCCACAGAUUCCACCCGAACUAAGGAGGCAACUUCCAGUAGACCUGGUUGAAGGAAAUCUCAAAGCUAUAAGCCUGCAAGCUCUGGGUCAGGGGGUUGACAUGCAGCUUGGUUUGGCUAUUGAUAGUCCAAAGGCCACUUUAGCAGUAAAACGGCGCUUAGCCUGUGAAAUGGUCAAGUAUUGGCAACAAGUUCAGGAAAACAUUCCAGAUCUUCCUGGCUCUGAUGGAUGGGGGAAAAAGCACCGGCUGUUUGUCAAGUGGAAAUAUGUUGAAGCAAAGGCUGCAGCAUACUAUUUUCAUGGUUUGAUUCUUGAUGAGGGAAACACGGAGAAAUCCCAUGGAAUGGCAAUAGCUGCACUUCAAGCUUCAGAAGAAUUUCUAAAAGAAAGCAAAAGGAUUUCAGAAGCAUUCCAUGCAACUCCUCCAACAUCGAGGAGCCCUACUCCAUUCGGAACAGCAAAAUAUAUGUUUGACAAGAUCCCAAAAGAUGCUUCAAGCAAGGUCCGAAUCAACCAGGACCUAUAUACUCAAGAAAAGGUGAUAGGAACUCCGCCCCCCUUACCAGAUUUUGCAUUGGCACUAACGCCAGAAGACUAUGAUCUUCCUCCAUUAGAUCCACUUUGGAACAAAGAAGACAGGCGUCAGUAGGUGUAUAUGCAACUGAAUGGUUUCUUCAGACGAAGAGCUUGGCUUUGGAGAGAAAGGAGAAGAAACAGAUCUGCCAUGCCAAAGCUGAACAUGGUAACAAAUGAAGUGUACAAAGUAUGUUUGAACAAAAUCACGAGUCAAAAAAAAGCAAGCAAAAUUUAGGAAUGCCUGAAGAUAAUCUGAAGAGCAUUGUACAGGCAUUUUUUCUUCUGACAAGGGAAAUGCUUUGUAAAAGGUUUGAUUGACCAUUAUCGAUCCUGAUUCCUGAUGUUCGGAUGUUCCAGAUGCUUGCAUUUUCUCGGCAAGGGCAUAGUUUUGUGCCUGUUCUGAUUCA